UUGUUUAUUAGUUUUUUUUUUUUUUUUUUUUUUUUUUACUUCAGCUUCAAAGUUACAGUCCUUCGAUUUCGCUUCGUUUUUCUUCGAUCUUCUACUUCGUCGGUCACUAAGAACUUGGUUUCAGCAAGUUUCUGAUUUCCCGUAAGGUUUCGUUUUUCCAACAGUUUUCGAGCUCUUUGAUGUUCGGUUGCUUUCGUAGUUGGUGAAAUUAGGGUUUGUAGAAGGGGAUUUAACGAAGUGAUUAUGGUUUGUCUAUUUUUGGAUGCGGAUUGAGAAAUUUAAGCGUUGUUUGGUGUUGAUUUUGGGAAAGGGAAAUUUCUAGGUGUAGUGAACAUGUUUUACUCUCAGUUUAUUUUGGCAAAGAAAGGUCCACUUGGGACAAUCUGGAUAGCUGCACAUUUAGAGCGGAAACUCCGAAAGAAUCAGGUGGCGGAUACUGACAUUGGCGUCUCUGUAGAUUCCAUUCUUUUCCCUGAAGUACCGAUUGCACUCCGUUUAUCCAGUCAUCUUCUUCUUGGUGUGGUAAGGAUAUAUUCUAGAAAGGUGAAUUACCUUUUUGAUGAUUGCAGUGAAGCCUUGCUUAAGGUAAAGCAAGCUUUCCGCUCUGCUGCAGUUGAUUUGCCACCAGAAGAGUCUACUGCACCUUACCAUUCCAUCACCUUACCUGAGACUUUCGAUCUUGAUGAUUUUGAACUGCCAGAUAAUGACAUUUUUCAAGGUAAUUAUGUUGAUCGCCAUGUCAGUUCAAGGGAGCAGAUUACACUCCAAGAUAAUUUGGACAGCAUGGUUUACAAAACUUCACAGUUUGGAUUGGAUGAGCGCUUUGGAGAUGGUGAUGCUUCUCAAAUUGGUUUAGACCUAGAUGAGGUUAUGUUAAUAGACAAAGAAGCCACUUUGGAGCAUGAUGACUUCAGUGCUAAUCCUCAAAUGUCUCAUCAAGAAGACGAAAAGAAAGAGGGGGUUAUGAUAAUAGACAAAGAUGCCACUUUGGACCAUGAUGAAUUCAGUGCUAAUCUUCAAGUAUCUCAUCAAGAAGAUGAAAACAAAGAGGAUGUGAGUGGAACUUCAGAUAGAAUGCAAGUAGAAGACAGUGUAAGCAAGAUUGAUUUGAUUGAUGGUUUACCUACUGUUGCUGAGUUUCAUGAAUAUGCUCAAGGUCCAUCUACUCCUGGACUACAAGAACCAAACUUGUUUGGUACUCAGGCAGAUCAGGUCAUUAAUGAUGCUGAUUUUCAUAAUUCAGCAGAUUUAUUAUCAAUGGAGACAACACAAAAUGAAUCAUGUGCUCAUCAAACUGAAAACGAUGUAAAUGGUUGCUCCUUGCAAAAUAAUGGGAAGCAUGUUGAUGCAGAUUUGCUUCAUGAGGCUAGUGACUGUGUUCUGGUGGAAGUGGAUACCAAAAGAAAGUUACAAGAGAAUUUGAUAUGUACAGUUGUGAUGAAGGACCAAGAAAAUUUGAUACCUAAUAAUAAUUGCUUGGCAUCAGUACCCUUGAUGGAUGACUCCAAUAAAAAUCACCCGAUCACCAUGUUACCAGAAUGCACAGAUGGAAUGAUUGAUGCUUCUGAUAUACUUGAGAAGGUUGAAGACUUACAUGAUGGGGUUCUAAUGAACACCGAACCAGUUGUGCCUCCUUUGAACGAAACUGUUAAUGUUAUUUCUGGAGGUAGUGUUAGUAUAAAUGAUAUUACUGUGUCUCCUAGUUGUUCUAAUGUCACAUCUGAUCAAGAGGGUCUCUCUUGUAAACUGUUGUCUAACAUGGAUGGGUCUCGGGCAUCCGAAUUCGAUGGUCGUUUGAAAGAUGAUAACACAUUAUCAAAGCAUGAAGUUUUGAAUAACAGUGAAAUUUCUAAGAAUGAGGAGCAACCCUGUGUAGUUGACGAGGCUCAUAUAUCCAAUAUUAAAAGUCCUCUAGAAUUAACUGGUAGGCCUGAAGUUGUUGAUAUGGAAGCUCAUGUAUAUCAGGAGUUGAAGGAAGCGGAUGUUUUAAACCAUGUGUCGCAUGAAGCUGAGCAUCCCACCGAGUCUCACCUUCGGCCUUGCACCUCCCAUAUGAACCAUCCUUCUCUGUCAUCUAUUGAAGGCGAAAAAUGUCAUGAAACUGUUGUUUCAGAUCCUGCUUUAGGUAAUCAUGGUGCUGCAGAGCCAUCUGUAUGUGAAGGAAACUUGGAUUUGGGGAAAUCAGCCAUGCAAUUUGGGAGUCAGAUAAUAAACAAUGAAGUGGAAAGUAUAAACAAAUCUGCUGCUUCUGACAUACCUGAGCCUGAAAAAAUGCGCUCCAUAGCUUAUCAACAUGAUGGUGAAGCGAAUAAUUUGCUAUUGGAGUCUACUCCUGGCAAUCAGGGUAUAUCUGAAGGCCAUACAGAUGCUGCAGGAGUAAAAUCAAUAUCUGGUAAAAAGCGCAGCUACACAGAGAGUACUUUGACAGUGCAGAGCAUGGAUUUGGUUGAAUCAUAUGGUGGGGCUCAAUCGAAGAGAACUGCUGAGUCCAUUCCUGAUGAUGAUGAUCUAUUAUCUACGAUAUUGGUUGGUAAAACACCUUCAGGUUUUAAAGUUAAACCAAGUCCAGCAGCCACUGAAGUACCAUCAACCAAGCGCUUCCGUUCUGCACCACGCACCAGUACCUUAAAGAGGAAGGUGCUUAUGGAUGAUAUGAUGGUCUUGCAUGGCGAUACAAUACGCCAACAGUUGACAAGUACUGAAGACAUACGUCGUGUGCGGAAAAAAGCUCCUUGCACUCGCCAUGAGAUUUUAAUGAUUCAAAGACAGUUUUUGGAGGAUAAAAUUUUCCAGGAACCAAUAUUUACAGAUUUAUCUGCUGAUUUGACUAUUCUGCGAAAUGAGACAUUUGAUCUGAGUGGAAUCGAGGUUUGUGAUUAUGGUUUAGAUGGCUUUUCCGUGGAAAAAGCAAAAGAUCAAGAGUCCUAUUCUAAAACAAGUACUGAAAUUCAUGGAGUGGAAGAGAAUAAUGAGCCUGUGGCAGUUCAACCCCAAGAAGAUGCUGAAGCCCACCUUACUGAAUUACCGGUUCUGUCUGAGAGAAUGGAAGCGCACAAUGAGCCUAUAGAAGUCCAACCCCAAGAAGAUGCUGAAGCCCACCCUACUGAGAUACCUGUUCUGUCUGAGAGAGUGGAAGCGUAUAAUGAGCCUAUUGCUGUCCAACCCCGAGAAGAUGCUGAAGCCCACCCUACUGAGAUACCUGUUCUGUCCGAGUGCCAUCAUUUUGAAGUUGACUUAGGAUCUCAUAAUAUUGAUGCUCAUGGGAAUGCAAAUAUUAUUUCUCAAGUGAAGGAGCUUGACAGUUCUCAAAAUGCUGAAAUGAACAAUGCUGAAGGAAAUUACGAGAUUUCUGAAUCAGAGAAUUGCUCUGUUGUCCCUGGGCAUGAAUCUUUAUCCAUAACUGAAGUAUUUGAAAAUGAGCUUUAUAUGCCAAAUGAUUUUGAUGCAUCGUUGUCUCUGGCAGAUAAAACGAAUGAUCUUGUUGGUUCUAUUCAUACAAAUGUGUCAAACAGUCCCACUUCCCAGAAAUUGGAUACAUAUCCUAUUCUAGAGGAUGAGUUUGUGGAGGAACAACGUGAUAAAAGCGAAGUAUGUGCUAUUAAAAUUGCAGAGCAUGCCAUGGAAAUUAAAACACAAGUUGAAACAGAUGGUUUGGAAGCUAAUCAUUUAUGUGCAUCCUUGGCUACUGGCUCUAAGGAAGAUAAUGAAUAUACUGACAAUCAGGUUUGUUUUAAUGGAGACCUAACUAUGGAGGAAAAUGUGAACAAUGUGACAGGAGGCUUAAAUGAUGAUAAAAUUGUUUCUUCUGGCUUGGGAUACAAUGACAAGGAUGCUAAGUUUGACGGCCUAUUUAGCGAAAAUAUUGAAGUAGAUUGUUUACAUUCUGUAACACUUGUGGAUGUAAAAGAAAAUUCUCUGAAUGAUGAGGAAAACCCAGUCUGUCAAGAAGCUGUAUUACAAAGUACAAUGUGUCAUGAUGUCUUAUCUAGUCCUUUUGUGGAUCAGAAUGAUGAAACCAAUAUGGUUGGCAAUGACACAGGUUUUUUGAAUGUUGGUGAUGAUGAGAUACUUGAUGACGAUGACGAUGCUGCUGAUGGUCAUGGUUUUACACAGGGUGCUGAAGGAACACACUUUGAAAAUAGUGGAUGGUCUUCUCGAACCAGGGCUGUUGCUAAGUAUCUGCAGACAUUGUUUGACAAGGAAGAUCUACAAGGAAGGCAGAACCUGCAUCUUGACAAUAUAUUAGCUGGUAAAACACGGAAAGAAGCAUCAAGGAUGUUUUUUGAAACACUGGUUCUCAAGACAAGAGAUUAUGUUCAUGUAGAACAGACACAACCCUUUGCCAAUAUUAACUUACAACCUCGAAUGAAGCUUAUGAAGUCAGAUUUCUGAAACCUCGUCUAGGAGUGGCUGAUAUAGUGGUAAAAAUUUGUGUGGUGAUAGUUUGGUUCAAAUCUGCUGGAUUGGGAUAAUCUUUUCAACAUCAAUCCCCUAUUUUAGUUAUGGCUAAUAAUUUUUUGGAGAUAGGGUUAGCUUUUAGUUUUACUUGAAUAGCUGGGGAGUUGAAGUAGCUCGUGUAUCAUUUCAUCCUAUUGAUUAUUUUGGGUCUUAAUGUAUAUAUCUAUGUAAAAAUAUCAUCAUUUGUAGCUUACUGGCGCUAAUUUGUAAUGUGUUUAAACGCAUCGCUCCCUCCAUGCAAGAAUUAUGUUUUAUCUAGGCAUCUAGUUUCUGUUUAUGGAAGUGCAUGUAAUUUGUAUAGCGGUCGGUGGACAAGGAUCGCCAUGUCUGUACCUAUUGUUAUUUGUAUAGUUUCUAACUGCUUUUAUCCUUUUAAGAGUAUGUAUACUUAGUCUACGUUAAAGGUAUCUAAAGUCUUAUUUGCGUUGGCCUCAA